UAAAGCGUCUGCUCAGCUUGAAUUGUGAGAUGAAAUAGAUAAAUUGAUAAUAAGAAGUAAGUAUCUAACCGUUGAUAUUUCGCUUUAGGAUAGUCUAGUGUAAAUAAUUGUAUUCAAAUCACAAACCAAACAGCAUAUAUCCCACGAGACGGCGUUCAUUAAUUGCUUUGUAUUAAACGCACAUAGAGAAUUGAUAAAGUGUACUGUUCGCUUUGUUAAUAUAUAAUAAAGAAAGUAUAAAGACGUAUUUGUAGAUGGCUAUAGCUAUCUAUGUAACGGUGUAAUAGGAAGUUUCAUUUUUAGUCAUGCAUCUGAAAUUGCAAAAUUAAGCCUAUAUUGUAAUAUUGCUCUUUAUAUAUUUUCUCUCUGUUUUUUUUUUUUACUUUUUAGAUAAGAUACAACAUUAGCGUUUGGCAGGUGAGAUUAUUUCAAUAUAUCUAAAUAUUUACUAAAAUUGAACUAUAUUCUGUUUUCCUUUUGAUUUGAAUGAACUUAACAAUAGUUAAAUUCUUCUUUCAUCUUGCAUAUAGGCCUACAGAUACGUACGUGUAUAGAUUACAUUGCCCCUGAUUAGUAUUGAUUUUAAAUACAGAUUCAGCUAAAACCGAACAUGAACAUCGAACAAUUGUUAACUUGCAACGAAACACAGUUUAUUAAAAUGAUUAAUAACGUUGAACAGCAAGUAAGCUUUUAUUGAAGUUUUUAUUGUAUUUUUUUAAUACAUAGUUUGAACUUUUAAAACAAUCUUUUUUAUAUAGUUUUGCUUGUUUAUGUGCAUGCUUGUAAUAUUCGUGUGUAUGUGUGUAUGUUUUAUACAUAUAUUUAUGCUUAUCUUCUUUUCAUUGUCCUACAAUUCUACCGCCUCCUUCUCAUUCCUAUCUACAUUUAUUACUGCUAUCUACUUUGCAUCUGUAUUUUAUACAACUGUACUACUCAUUUUGUCAUCAAAAAAUAUUUUAUAGAAAAUGAUGCCGAUAGUAGAAUUGUUCCAAGAAGAAAUGGAAAAGCAACAGAAUCUAUUUGAUAUUUUGGAAGAGGAAUUGCAGGCAUGCUGCAAUGAUGAGGAAAAAGAAAAGAUUAGAGAUAAAAUGAAUGAAUGUCAAGAUCGUUUAACCGUACUUAUCAAAAGGAAUUUAAGAUGCUUGAACAUGUUGUAAAUAUACGCAAUAAGCGUAUAUAUUUAUAUGACUAUAAUUCUAAAGAACGGACGCCAUCUUUAUUUUUUGUUCUUUUUUUUUAUGGAAGAAAAUGGUUUUAAGAGUAAAGACCAUAAACACGAAAAUAAUGGAACUAGUCAUACAAAUAAUUCUAAUAUAGAGGCAAAAAAAAAAUAUAAAGUUCACCUACCUGAUGGAUUAACGAAACCUUCAAUAUUGAAAGAUAUUUAUUUUUCUCGUUCGGAAAAUGAUGAAUUAGUUGAGGAGAGAAUCACUUUAAAAAAUUGGAAUCCAGUACUGUUACUGAAGGAUUUAUAUAAGAUUGAAUUGAAAAAAGAUGAAAUUUUCAACGAUUCAGAUGAAAAAAUUGAAAAAUUUGAAGGAUGGAUUGAGAAAUUGCCAAUUAAUUUUAUAAAACCGACUAAAUUAAAAAAAUGGUGUAAACGUUUUAUUACUAUUGACGAAGGACAAUUACAGUACUACGAGCCUGGAGAAGAGAUUUUAGAAACGAAAUAUUCGAGAAUGUCGCCUAAUGAAACGUUCUUAAUAGUUGGCGGUUCAAUAGAUGAGUUAGGAGAUUUUCAAUUGGGAUUAAACGACAAUAGGGGACGAUAUCUUGUUUUGAAAUGUUCUGAUGAAAAAGAUUAUGAAAAUUGGAGGAGGAAUAUCAUGUCACAUAGAUCUUACGUUCCGCCCUCUUCGGCCGUUCGACCGUAUUUAGACAUGCCGUGUACACCGGAUAAGAAAGUUUUAAUAGUUGAUAUUGGCAGUUGUUCAAUUCGAGCUGGUCGUCUAAAAACUGACCCAACGUUGCCAGAAUUAUUUAUACCUUGCGUUGCUGCUUGCAAUCGAGAUAAUAAAAAAACUGUUUAUGGGUUUGAUGCUUUUAAGCCUGAAGUUCGAGCCAAUUCGGAUUUCGUGCAACCAAUUAAAUUAUCAAGGACCGUUGAUAAGUAUACAUUCGAUUUGGAUGUUCUACUUCCUCUUUUGGAUUAUAUUUGCGAUCAAUUGAAAAUCAUAUCGGCUGAAUACUGGCUGUUGCUUAGUCUACCGUCAACGUCAAACAAUCAAGUUUUAGAGAAAUUUAUCGAUUACGUAUUAACUAAAAUGAAGAUGAAAGGGAUUAAUAUUUGUAAUGAGUCGAUGCUUUGUCUUUAUGCUCACGAUUCACAUACGGGAAUAGUGUUAGAUUGUGGUGAUCGUAUUCAAAUAGCUCCGUUUACCGAUGGCUAUAUUGUAGAAGAAGCUAUAAGGAGAUUACCUUAUGGAGGUCAGGCCGUAGCGCAAUCUUUAAAUGCGGACCUCACGCAAUCCGAAAAUUCUUAUAGAUUGUUUACUCCCGUUGAAUAUAAUAUUGUCAGAUAUGUUAUGGAAAGAAGUUGCUACAUUUCAAAAAAUUAUAAAGAAGAAACUCUGAAAUUAAAAAACAAUCCCGAUAGUAUAAAAAUAAAUUUAAAUUUGGAAAAGUUUAAUGUGACUUCCGGAGCUUGCCAGACAAUUUGCCAUGAUAUUGGACGUUUUAGAGCACCUGAAGGCUUAUUUAAUACGGAAUUAUGGGGUCUAGAUGUUCCAUCUCUACAUAAACUUAUCAAAGAAUCUGUUUCAAAGUGUCCUUUGGAUAUAAGAAGGCGCAUGUGGCAAAGUAUCUUUUUGAAUGGUGGAUUAACUACUAUGCCAGGUUUUGUAGAACGUCUUCAAGCAGAACUUUGCAAGAUCGUCCCGCCGUCUGUUGCCGUUCAAAUUCACGCAUCACCUAACCGCUAUCAUACAUCAUAUAUUGGUGCAUGUAUUCUUGCCUCUUUAGUCGCCUUCCAGUCAGCCGGUAUAUCUCAGGAAGAGUGGAGAAAAAAUAGAGCUACCAGCCUCAAAAAAGUUACUAAGUUUUAA